AUGGAUGUUUAUCUGAUUCCUGAUUUAGAGAAUUGUAUGUAUUGUGGUAUUGAUUUUUGGAAGGAAUUUAAUGUUGCACCUAAAGUCAUUAGCAGUCUUGAGAUCAGUUCCAAUAAUGAAGAUUCUGAUGCAUACGUUCUGUCUCCAGAUCAGUUGGCUAUGCUUGAAAAAGCUAACGAAAGUUUUCGGGACUUUGAUAAGCAUGGUCUCGGUAAGACAACUAUUAAGGAUCACGUUAUUGAUACCGGGGAUGCUGUUCCUAUCAAGCAACGUCAUUACCCCGUGUCUCCGGUCGUUGAAUCCUUAAUUUACCAAGAACUCGAUCGUAUGAUUAGUUUAGGGGUCAUUGAACCAAGUACAUAUCCAUUGAAUUCUCCAGUAACUCUUGUUCGUCGAGGAAUGGCCUCCUGUUUCAGACGUUUCAUUCGCGACUAUGCCGAAAUUACAGCUCCAAUAACCAAUACUUUGAAGAAAGGGAAAAGUUUUUGUUUUGACGAUCAGGCAAUUGAGUCCUUCAAUAAAUUGAAAGUAGCUUUGACUACUAGUCCGGUUUUAAGUCAUACAGUAUUUGAUAAAAGAUUCUACGUACAGUGUGAUGCUUCCAAUCUUGGUAUGGGUGCAGUUUUGUAUCAGCUAGAUGCUGAAGGCCUGGAACGUCCUAUAGCUUUUCAUUCCGCGCAGUUGUCGAAGGCUGAACGAAACUACAGCGUCACUGGACGCGAAUGUUUAGCGAUUAUCAGUACCAUUCAGAAAUCCCUACCGUUCAUAGAACUUAUGCCUUUCACUGUAGUCACAGAUCACAAUGCACUGAAGUGGCCUGAAAGGACCUUAGCGGUCGCUUGGCUAGAUGGAGUCUUAAGCUCCAGUCCUUUAAUUUUGACAUUCAGCACC